ACCAGGAGGAGGAGGAGGAAUAGGAAGAGCAGGAGGAUGUGAGGAGGAGGAGCUGUCGCGGAUCCUCCUCCUUGACUCUAGUUUAGGAGCUGCAUCUCCUCUCCUCCCAUCCUGGGCGGAGCUAGGGCGCUCCCGAGCCCUCCCCCGCGUCAAACCCGGAAUAGGGCAGGUGGGAGGUGGUGGGGGGUGACUGGGCCAGGGCCAUUGCCCUGGGCUCACUGAGACCCCGGGCUCACUGAGACCCCUACCUCCUUUUCCCCAGCGGCGGCCCCCUCAGCCAUGUCUGCGGAGGAGAUGGUGCAAAUCUUGCUGGAAGGCCGCUGCUACCCAGUGAGCAAGAAGAAGCUUAUCGAGCAGAGCGAUUACUUUCGAGCCCUGUACCGCUCGGGUAUGCGGGAAGCUGGGGGGCCAGCCUCUGGGGGCCCUGAGGUGCAGCAGCUACGGGGUCUCAGCGGCCCGGGCCUGCAGCUCGUGCUGGACUUCAUCAACACUGGAGGAACUGGCUCUGGCUGUUUUCUGGGGCCGCAGGGAGAGAAGAGUGGUGGAGAGGAGGAGGGCAGCCUGCUGGAGGAGCUGGUGGAAGUGGCCUCCUUCCUGCAGGUCACGUCUUUGCUGCAGCUGCUGCUGUCCCAGGUGCGGCUGGACAACUGCCUGGAGCUGCACCGCCUGGCGCAGGUGUAUGGACUGCAAGACCUCCAGGGGGCUUGCCUGAGGUUCAUGGCUGCCCACUACCAUGAGGUGCUUCGCAGUCCCCAGUUCCCUCUUUUGGUCACCCCUUCACAGGCUCCAGGAGAGGCCAGUCUCAAGCAGAAGCUGAGGGAGGGCAGGAUGAAAGGGAAAGCUGUACUCAUAGCUCUGGGAGACUUUUUGGGGGGCCCCCUGGCCCCACACCCCCACCAGGGAGAGCCGAGGUCUAUGCUUAGAUAUGAUGAGGGCGCCCAGCGGUGGUUGCCUUUGGCCAAUCAGCUGCCUCCUGAUCUGGUUAACGUCAGGGGCUAUGGCUCUGCCAUUUUGGACAACUACCUUUUCAUAGUGGGAGGUUAUAGGAUCACCAGCCAGGAGAUCUCUGCCGCCCACUGCUAUAACCCUUGCAGAAACGAGUGGAGUCAGGUGGCUUCGAUGAACCAGAAGAGGUCCAGUUUCAAGCUUCUGGCUGUGAGUGGAAAACUGUAUGCCAUUGGUGGACAGUCUAUUUCAAAUGUUGAAUGUUACAAUCCUGAGCAGGACUGGUGGAAUUUUGUGGCUCCAUUACCAAAUCCUUUGGCUGAAUUCUCUGCCUGUGAAUGUAAGGGAAACAUUUAUGUCAUGGGAGGAUAUACUACUAGAGAGAGGAAUAUGAACAUUUUGCAGUAUUGUCCCUCUUCUGAUGCCUGGACUGUUUUUGAAGUGUGUGAUGUCCACAUUCGCAAACAACAGAUGCUGUCAGUGGAAGAGAUCAUCUAUUUGGUGGGAGGUUGUCUCCAUGAACUUGGACCCAACAAAAGGACCAAUCAAAGUGAGGACCUGUUAACAGUGCAAUCUUACAAUACAAUUACCCGGGAAUGGCUCUAUCUCAAGGAGAAUACAUCCAAAUCAGGUCUUAACUUGACUUGCACACUUCAUAAUGAUGGAAUCUAUAUUAUGAGCAGAGACAUUACUCUAUCAACUAGCUUGGAACAUAGGGUUUUUCUCAAAUAUAAUAUCUUUUCAGAGAGUUGGGAACCAUUUAGGCGUUUUCCGGCUUUUGGACAGAACUUAUUGAUUUGUUCUCUGUAUUUGCCUAGUGAAACAGAAAUAUGACUGCAUUUAGUUUAGUGUUUUAGAAUAUUUAAAGAACCAAAUUAAAAAAAGUAAAAUCCUAUUAUAAGGAUAAUUGGCAUUUGCCCAAGGUGAUAAUACAAGCUUCAUUAGGUCUCAUAUUUAGCAUUUAUAAAUAACCUCACUACUUGAACUUUUUUCACUAUUUUGAAAGAUUUGUGACUUUAAUGAUAUUGUACUCUCUCCACUAUCACUGAUAAUUCACACCUUAAUAAAUAAGUUUUCAUUAGUUGCUUUGCCCAAAAAGCUUAUCACCAAUCUCUAAAUAGCAGAAAUGGUAAAAUAUGAGUAACUCUGAACUUAACUGGGUUGAAUGUUAGGCAACCUGAUACUCAAAUCUAUGGGACUAUUUCAGAGUGAGUUGGAGAUAUCUUGGGUUCUCUUUAUCAAUAAACAAACAUUUUAAAAACAUUUACCAUGUGCCACACUAUGUGCUGAAAUCUAGAAAUAGACCAAAAAGUGAAACAGUGCCCCAGUUAGUGAGCUUUUCAAGGGCAGAGGCUUCUUUGUAUUCCCAGCAUU